AUGUCGAGCCGUUGUCGCUGCAUUGAGCGGUGUAUUUCACCCUGCCCACACCGGAGCUCCAGUGAACGCGAGGUUGCUGGUGUGGUGCCAGAAGAGGAAGAAGUUCCUGAGUACAGUGUUCAGGUGGAUGGCUUCGAGCCUGCCCGACGUGGCAGACAUGUGAUCUAUUCCCUGACCAUCCGGCGAGGCGAUGCCCACUGGCCCAUCCGCCGGCGCUUCCGGCAGGUGGCCAAGUUGCAUGAGCAGCUGCUGCUGGGCUUUGGCAGGCGAUGUGCUGAGCGAAGCCGCAAAGCACGUGUUUUCUGUGGGUACCGAAAAUAUCGCAACGACAUCCUCGAUGAAGAGUGGCCUGCCGCGGCUGCCACCGAAGGUGACCUGCAGGUCGUUGUUCUUUGGUCAACAAGACCAGCGCUUCUUGCAGAUGCGAGCCGGGAAGCUUAG